AUGUCGUCCGACGAAAGAUUCUCCAUCUCUGAGGAGAACACCCCACCCCCUUCACCUCCAAACGUCAUCCCGGCGAUCGUGUUGAUCUCGCCCAAAGGCAUCCACUUCUUCACCCGCUACCGCGCCAUCCUGCGCAAGAUGAACCGCGAUGUCGAGCUCUACUGGGCGCCCAACAUCAAAACCCUCAACGGCACCAUCCAGAAACACAGCUACCGCAUCGCCGGCUUCAUCAUCUCCGACGCGGCCAUCAUGGACCCAGAGCACGAAGAACUCGCCCAGCGCGUCGCCAGUCUCCCACGCACUCCCGGCCGCGAGUGGGCCGUCGUCUUCGCCUUCGACUUUCCAUCGCAGGCGGCGCGUGCCCCGUUCCGCUUCAACCAGUACCUGGAGACGUACUUCGGGCUGGGCUGGCGCAUGUGCGGCAAGACGGAGAACAAGAUCAAGAUGAAGCUGCGGACGUUGGCGCUGAGGAAGGUGGCGAAGCGUGUUUACCGGACGGAGUAUGAAUUCCGAGGCGUCUUUAUCCGCGGCGUCAAGCAGGGCGAUAAGUUUCUGGUAACUGUGGGAGAAUUCAGUAGUGGUGGACAGCCGGAUGAGAAUUUGUUGGAGGAGGAGACUUCUUCUACUGCUGUUGCUGAGAUAGGGGAUGGGUCUAGCGAUGUUGAUAGCCAAACCCCCGUUGGUCGUCGUCCUGCGCUCGACACCACCAGCCAUUUCGCCGUGCCUUCUGCUAAAGUUGGGGCCCCCGACGAUGACGACACGAUCAGCGACUUGAGCCAGCACACUGCUGCUGACUUCAACUAUCCUGAUAGCAUUGCUGUUCCUACAGAUGACGAAAAUAACCUCGCCGACGACGAAGAGAGCAUGUUUGACAGCGAGGAAGGCGAGUACAUGGAAUUCGAACUUGCGCAGCCUAUCGCUCCUGCCCAUAUCCUCAACCUCCCCACCACCAACAGCUCCAACCCUAAUCCCCAGCACCAGCAGCAGGAGCAGGAGGGGGACGACGACGACGACGACGAAGAGAACGAAGUCUCCCCAACCCCCUCCCCCUCCACCCCCGUCUCCUCCCCACCCAGCCAAACCAACGACCCCGACUUCGAAUUCGACGCCGAAAACGAAUCCAUCGCCACAGACACCAGCACCAACGGCCGAGCCAGUCCCACCAGCUCCAUCGACCCACCCCCCGUAAGCGCCAACCUGCCCUUCCCGCUCCCCCCGCAAACCUUCCACAACCUCCGCCGCUUCUUCGACGCGAACGCCAUCCCGACCACCACCGAAGGCGAAGAAAUCUCCACCCCGGACCUCAUCCCGCACGACUGGGUGCCGUCUGACGACGAGGGCACGGAGGCGGACAAGCAGGUUGCGGACUCUAUGCAUGCAAUUACAAACUAA